CAAUGGCAACUGUUUGUUGGUUUUGCUGUCAAAAAUUUGCUUUUGUUUAAUAGGAAUUUUCAUAGACAUUUAACAAUUAACUCUACUAUCAACAACUCAUAAUACUGUUCGACUUCAUAAACUGUUAUUCGAUACUUUUUACCACAAUGGCCACUGUGCUAGGUGCCGGUAUGAGUGGGCUUUCGGCGGCUUAUUAUUUGCUAAAGCGGUUUGGAUAUCCUGCAACCAUAUACGAAGCCUCUAAUCGCGUUGGUGGGUGGAUUCGCACAGAAAGGCAUACAGAUAAAGGUUUCAUAUUCGAGGUGGGCCCGCGCACUAUACGACCGAAGGGUAUCCCCGGCGCUAAUACACUGAAUUUAAUUGAAGAAUUGCAAUUGCCGGUUGACCCAGUUAUGUCGUGGGAACCUGCUGCAAAAAAUCGCAUGAUAUACGCCAAAGGACAAUUGUGUAUGCUACCCAAUAGCCUCAGCGGAGUUUUUAAGACUUUGCCACCGUUUUCAAAACCACUGAUCAGUCAAAUCAAGCAAGAUUUAAGCGCAGGUCGAAAGAAAUUGAAAUUCGCUGACGAAUCUAUUUAUGAUUUUGUGGAGAGGCGUUUCGGCGCGGAAAUGGCAAAUUAUGCAAUCAGUCCUUUGAUAUGUGGCAUAUGUGCAGGUGACGCCAAAGAGAUAAGUGUGCGCUUCCUGAUGAACGACUUAUUUGAGAAGGAGCAGAAAUGGGGUGGCAUCAUAAAGGGUGUGCUUUUCGAAAAAAUGUUUGGUAAAAAAGAAAAAACGGCUGUUGAGGGUAUCUUUGCGGAGGCAAUGCCCAAGUUAUAUGAGAAAGCACGCGAAGAGAAAUGGAGUAUGUACAGAGUACCUGACGGUUUGGAAACGUUACCGCGCACAUUGGGUAACUAUUUACGAGAAAAUGAUGUAAAAAUGCAGUUUUCUGCCGAGUGUCGUGAAAUCGUAUUCUCGCGCGAUAGCGCUAAAAUGAACGUUAAGGGACGUGAUAUUGAUCCAAAACAUAUCAUUUCAACAUUACCUUCUUAUAAAUUGGCUUCCUGCGUCAAAAAUCAGCAUCCUUCUUUGGCCGCUUUGCUAAUGUCUAUUCCUUACGUCGAUGUUGCUGUAGUUAACCUGCAAUACAAUACUAAAGAACUGUUUAAGAUGAAAGCCUUUGGAUUUUUGGUACCGCCCAUUGAACGUCUUCCCAUAUUGGGCGUGAUUUUCGACAGCUGCUGCUUCGACAUGGAGGGUAAUACGGUGCUUACUGUUAUGAUGGGCGGCAGUUGGUUCGAACAGAAUUUCGGCAAGGAUCCGACACCAAAAAAGCUACUCGACACAGCUUUGCAGCAUUUGGAAUUAGUAAUGGGUAUUACAGAAGAGCCGCGCUUGUCACGUGUGAACGUACUGAAAAAAUGUAUUCCGCAAUAUACGGUGGGACACAAGCAACGUGUAGCCGAUAUACGGCGAUAUAUAAGUCACUAUAAACUGCCAUUGACCUUAUGUGGUGCCGCAUAUGAUGGAGUAGGAAUCAAUGAUGUCAUAUUGUCGGCUCGAAUGCAGGUGCAGGCGCUGCAAGCUUUGGAUGAUUAAAAAUUGGUUUGAACUUUAUUAGGAGUUAUGUAGAAUAGUAAAUUUAGUGAUGCGAGGAUGCACUGGUUCUUUAUGUUUGCAUAUUUUCCGUUCUAUCACAUAUUUCUUUUUUUACAUUGUAUAUUUAAUUAAACAGUCUAUACCAA